GUUAAGCCCGUACAAACGUACGAAUUGGAACGUGUCGGUGUAAGAGUAUCGUCUAACACGACGAUCGGAAAAAACUUAUCCUUUUCAAUGAUGGCGUUCGCGAUUAUAUCGUCGAACGCCAAAAAAAUCGUAAGGUAUUUUAUACAUGGCCAAACUUUUUUCCAAGAACUCGGAACUCUUCGUUUUUAGAAUAUAGAGCGAAAUAAUAAAAAACGACGGAUUCGAGAAGUGUCAACGUGGCAAUUUUUAUGUACAUAUGUUAAUAAUCGAUAUUGGUGAUAAUCGGUCGAUAAGUAGUGAACAUAGUUAAAUGUUACAAGUAUUUGAUAUACUUUCAUUUUUAAGUUACGAUCCUAUAAAAGAUCUUAAAAAUAAAAUGAAAGAUUAGCAUUUGUUAGAAUUUCGAAUAAUUCGAAAGUGGAUAAACAAAUUAUCAUUUUUUCUGUAUAAUUACAUACAUACGCUUAGUCAUGUUAAUUGACAAACAAUGAAAUUGUCAUAUCUUUAUUGGCUUCAAUGGCUGUAGUGCAAUUUUUUCGACUAUUCAACAAAAUAAGAACAAUUUGAUGCUCGUACAAUACAUUUUUUCCUUAAACUGUGCUAUGACGUAUAUACCCGGCUCUUGUUAUUGAUAAAUAUUUCUUCGAUAAAUCUACGACCUGUUAAAUUCGGAGAAGACAUAAAAAAUAAAGGAGCUAUCAGGCAAAUGAAAAAUCGAGCGGACAAAAUAUGGAUGUUUUUGGAUGCUGAUUUGAAGAUUGCGUUGUACUUUCGAUGAGCAGUAUAAAGUAAAUUGAGUGUCAUUGAAAUCUCUGAAAAUAAGAACGAUAUUAUACUAUGUUACGAUAGAGAAAACGUAAAGAUAAACAACGGUUAGGUUAUAUUCCUGAUGGAAAGAAUACAAGUCGACAUCAAAAUAUAAAAAAAAUAAGAAAGGCUCGAAAUAGUAUCUUUGAAAUUAAAUUGUAAAUAUAUUUAAAGGCGAUAUUUUUUUUUGUAUCCUCAUUAUGCGUGCUUCUUUAGACAUAAAUCGUUCAUGCAAAUCAGCAAAAGCCCUAUAACGUAAUCGGAGUUCUGACGUGCUGGCAUAAAUUCGACGAUCAAAAAUAAUCGUCUGAUUGUUAUUAGUUUAUCCGAAGUUGCAUCUUUGAGAAAAAAGAAAGAAGAAAAAGAGUGUAUGCAUAACGCCAUAUAGAAGAUCGAUCAAUUCAUAGAAAGAAGACGAUUUCGGGAAAAAUCAAAGGGGAAAGCAGGCAGACAAAAAAUGGCAUACGACGACGUAAUACUCCGAAUGGGCGAAUUCGGUCGUUAUCAACGUCGAGUUUAUUUGCUUCUUUGUCUUCCGGCAAUAUCCUGCGCAUUCCAUAAAUUGGCAGGGGUCUUUCUUGGGGCAAAAAUGGAUGUCAGAUGUCUACUGCCGCACGAGAGCAUCGAGAAUGCUACGUAUUACCUACCUCAGGAUGUGAUGAAUGCUAGUUAUCCUUGGGAUAACGAGCUAAAGGGCUGGUCGCAAUGUUUACGACGAGAUCCCAUAUUGGAUGGUAAUUCUCAAGGUCAUGACAAUUCUCCUGUUCAAACCCCGAUAGGAUCACUCAAGUUGGCCAACACCGAAGGCAAUAAACCAUGCGAAGAAUACGUUUAUGACAGGAGAAAAUAUAAAAGUACCACUACUUCUGAGUGGAACUUGGUCUGCGAUAGAGCAUGGCUGAGAGCUACGGGGGACUCAUUGUUCAUGGUAGGAGUCAUGCUUGGCUCGAUGAUAUUUGGUGCUUUGUCCGAUAAGUUUGGACGUAGACCAAUUUUCUUCCUGUCUUUAGUCAUCCAGCUAGCCGGUGGUAUAUUGGUCGCGAUAGUGCCAGAGUUUAUUUCCUACGUAAUCUUCAGAUUGAUCGUUGGUUCAACCACUAGCGGAGUUUUCUUGGUGGCUUACGUUAUAGCUCUUGAGAUGGUCGGCCCCAAGAAACGUUUAGUAGCUGGUGUAGGUUGUCAAUUAUUUUUCACUACGGGCUACAUUCUUACGGCAGGUUUUGCUUAUUUGAUAACCGAUUGGAGAAUGCUGCAGGUUGCUAUCACCAUUCCAAGUAUCGCAUUUUUGCUCUAUUGGUGGUUCAUUCCAGAAUCUGCUCGUUGGUUAUUGAUGAAAGGUCGUGCCGAAGAAGCUAAAGACAUACUUCAGCGUGCAUCGAAGGAAAAUGGAAUGGAGAUUCCACGCGAAGCAUUGGAUACUCUUCUUAGCAAUAAUAGCGAUGAUAGUAUGCCUGACUCAAAGAAGGCUUCUCUCUUUGAUCUUUUCCGAUAUCCAAAUUUAAGACGAAAAAGCAUGUUAUUGUUCUUUAAUUGGCUCGUAAAUAGUGGUACAUAUUAUGGAUUAUCCUGGCAUGCAUCCAAUCUUGGUGGAAACGAUUACGUGAACUUUCUGAUAUCUGGCUUAGUAGAAGUGCCCGCCUAUACAUUUCUUAUUUUCACGUUGAAUCGAUGGGGACGAAAAAUUAUUCUCUGUGGUUGCAUGUUGAUUUCCGGAUUUGCAUUACUCGCCACAUUGUUCGUUCCUGUCGAUAAACCAUGGCUAGUAGUUUGCCUUGCUAUGAUUGGAAAACUUGCCAUCACGUCAUCAUACGGUGCCAUUUAUGUUUUUACGGCUGAACAAUUUCCAACUGUUAUCCGCAACGUAGGUCUUGGGGCUAGUUCGACUUUCGCUCGUAUUGGUGGUGUAAUAGCACCAUAUGUGAAUCAUCUAUCUGAAAUAUGGAUACCCUUGCCUUUGGUCAUUUUUGGAUCCUGUGCUCUCUUUGGUGGCAUGAUGUCAUUGUUACUUCCAGAAACUUUAAACAAGAAACUUCCAGAAUCUAUUCAAGAUGGAGAAUUAUUUGGAAAGAAAAUUUCGAAGAAUAAGAAAAAGAAAAAGAAACAGCAGCAGCAUGAUUUGGAACAAGGAAAUGAGAUAGAUGUGAUAAAGCCAUUGAAGCCACAAGAAAAUGGAGUGCAUGAAAAGCAAAACGGAUGACGUUAGUCUUAUUGAGGAAUGUCGGGUGUGCUGAAAAUAUUUAUCUGAUUCCUCUCUGAUUGUAUACUAGGCGUCCUCAUGCACGUGAUCCACGUGUAGUGUGCACACAUUAAAAGCGCACCAAAUUGAAAAUAGAGUUCUCAAGUAACUCGAUUAACGAUAUUUGGCUUAGUGAUCAAAUUAAAAACCUUUCUCAAUUGUAAAUGAUAGUAUGGGGAAACAAGUUCAUGGUCUUCGUAAAGAAAAGAGAAGAGAAGAGGGAGAAAGAGAAAGAACGAGAGAGAGAGAGAGAAAGAGAGAGAGUGUUUAUUUUUAUAAAAUCUCAAACACUUUUUUAAUCAAAGAAAGGUUUCUGGUUUGAUCAAAUCGCACCAAGUUCACGGUGUUAGCCGCUACUUGAUCACUACUUGAUUGUGGCUUAGUAUUAUUUUAUCUAAGCUCUGCUUAAAUAUUAUACAUCAGUAAAGAGAAAAGAAAGAACGUCCUCAAUUCUAUAACCGAAAGUAAAGAUGCAACAUAAGAUUUCUGCCAAUAUGCAUAUCAUUUACUGUAAUUCUGAAUGUUGUUUGUGUAUAAGUGCCCUUUUUUGUAAUUUUGUGCAAAAAAUAGAUACGUAAUCAUACAAAUAUUAUAUCUAUAAAUAUAUAAGAUAUACGGAUUUUUGAUUUUUUUCUCGUCGAAGUUAAUAUCAAUUCUUGGUUAAUAUUGCGCUAUUCGAUAAAUAUACACGCAUUGUCAUAAUAGAUUGCAGCUUGUCCAAAUUUGAUUAAUAAAAGACAAGACAGAUAUUUAACCUUAGGUUAUCUAGUUACGACGAUUAUAUCAUAUUUUUAUAAAUUAUGUUUUUAGAUAAAAUAUACAAUUUUACGGUGGUAUUUAGCAGCAACAAUGUGAAUCGUUCUUUAUCUCUAGUUUAUUAGUAAUGAAUUUUUUUAUAUUUCGAUCUUAAUAUUAAACUAUGGCGCUAUUUUUAUGUGACUGUAUGAAAUAAUGCCUACGAAUUUUAUUCUAUUGAAGUUUUAUUAUAUUACCGGAUGCGCAUUUUUGUAUAUAAAAGAUAAAAUGUAGAUUUAAAAAUGAAAUAAAAAAUCUGUGAUUUACAUAA